AUGGAGCCAGUCUGCUCUAGGGGAAUCAGGAGGAGUGUUGUAGUCAGUCAGCCAGGUCUGCUGCAGUACAUUAAUCCAGUCUGCUCUAGGGGAAUCAGGAGGAGUGUUGUAGUCAGUCAGCCAGGUCUGCUGCAGUACAUUAAUCCAGUCUGCUCUAGGGGAAUCAGGAGGAGUGUUGUAGUCAGUCAGCCAGGUCUGCUGCAGUACAUUAAUCCAGUCUGCUCUAGGGGAAUCAGGAGGAGUGUUGUAGUCAGUCAGCCAGGUCUGCUGCAGUACAUUAAUCCAGUCUGCUCUAGGGGAAUCAGGAGGAGUGUUGUAGUCAGUCAGCCAGGUCUGCUGCAGUACAUUAAUCCAGUCUGCUCUAGGGGAAUCAGGAGGAGUGUUGUAGUCAGUCAGCCAGGUCUGCUGCAGUACAUUAAUCCAGUCUGCUCUAGGGGAAUCAGGAGGAGUGUUGUAGUCAGUCAGCCAGGUCUGCUGCAGUACAUUAAUCCAGUCUGCUCUAGGGGAAUCAGGAGGAGUGUUGUAGUCAGUCAGCCAGGUCUGCUGCAGUACAUUAAUCCAGUCUGCUCUAGGGGAAUCAGGAGGAGUGUUGUAGUCAGUCAGCCAGGUCUGCUGCAGUACAUUAAUCCAGUCUGCUCUAGGGGAAUCAGGAGGAGUGUUGUAGUCAGUCAGCCAGGUCUGCUGCAGUACAUUAAUCCAGUCUGCUCUAGGGGAAUCAGGAGGAGUGUUGUAGUCAGUCAGCCAGGUCUGCUGCAGUACAUUAAUCCAGUCUGCUCUAGGGGAAUCAGGAGGAGUGUUGUAGUCAGUCAGCCAGGUCUGCUGCAGUACAUUAAUCCAGUCUGCUCUAGGGGAAUCAGGAGGAGUGUUGUAGUCAGUCAGCCAGGUCUGCUGCAGUACAUUAAUCCAGUCUGCUCUAGGGGAAUCAGGAGGAGUGUUGUAGUCAGUCAGCCAGGUCUGCUGCAGUACAUUAAUCCAGUCUGCUCUAGGGGAAUCAGGAGGAGUGUUGCAGUCAGUCAGCCAGGUCUGCUCUAGGGGAAUCAGGAGGAGUGUUGUAGUCAGUCAGCCAGGUCUGCUCUAGGGGAAU